GGGUGGACGUUUAGCAGCUUCCGGUCGAUGAAUCCGUUCUUUUUCCGCCCCCGCUGCCAUCGGGGGUUGAACCGUUGAACUGUCGUGCUUCUUUUUGUGUGCGGGUUCUCUCUUUCGCUGCUUCCCACCCGAUCGUCAUGUGGCCGUGAUUGGUGACGCCGGUGUCUUGGCCGCGCUAGAUCGAGCAGCAACCGAGGCUGUCAGCGAUGGGUUCCCGCGCAGACGACGCUCGUCGAGCCAGCGCCGGCAAUGUCCCGCCCGGCCGAAGCAGCCCGCCGCCGAGCUUCAGCCAGCUCGGAAUACCGACAGGACAAGGGCUGCAGAACACCUUCUUGGGACCCGCAAAGCACCUGAGGGACGUUUCCAGGAAAGAAUGGCUCUUCUUUGGGGUUUCGACGCUGAGCCUGCUGGUGUCACUGGGCUUCACCAUAGAGCGACUCAUGACACUGUCGCCGAGCACAGAUGACUACACAUUUGCGAUUAUGCUAUUUUACACUGCAUGUUUUUGUUUUUUUUAUAUUGUGCAUGGCAUACUGAAGGAGAGGUUUUACGAAAUCAUCGUCUUCAUAGUGAGCAGCGUGAUUGUGGCGAUUUACCUGGUGCUCAAUGUGGCCUCCAAUUACUACGACAAGGACCCGACACCAGCCAUUAAGAUAGCGCGUCUGGUCGUGGCUCUGGUCUUCCUGACUGGCAUACUGUGGUGGGGCGGCCAGGUGGCCAAGGGCUACUGGCUGGAGAAGAGGCUGCUCUUCCACAUCAAUGCCAAGGCGGACCUGCAGUUCAUGUACCAGAGGCUGUUCCUCUGCUCUAGCCUCAUCUCCUUCGAUCUGCAAUUGCAGGGAAGCAUGCUCAUCUUUGUGCUGGAGAAUGGCACCACCCUUAGCCAGCUCGAGAUCUGGGUGCUCUCUGUUGGCCCCGUGGUGACUUGCCUCUGGGCAGUGGCGGGAUACUUGGCCAUGGACCAUGAGAGCAAGCCCUUGGUGGCCCUGUUCUUCAUCCUCUGGCUGCCCAACGUGGUCUAUAUCGGCUACAGGCUAUACACACUGUCUUCGGACGAGUCGUGGACCAUCCUGUUUCGUGCCACCAUCACGUGUGCCAUCCUGGCCUUGCUCAGUCGUGCCGCAGUCGCCGUUGUCAUGGCACUGGUUGUGCGCAACUUUGGCAAGGGCCUCAUGGAGAGACUGUCUGCAGCUGGCUCCCUGGACCCGCUGCACCCGUACACUUACUACCGCUACUCAGCACCGGACGUGGGCGUCGGCCAGCUCGACUGCAGUGUCCGAGAUAGGAACUCGGAGGGGCACUGACACCAGCUUCCUGGCGGAACCGUAGUCAGAGGUGGUGCCGUCGGCGUGAUUCGGCUCUCAAGUUCAUGCGUCUUCCUGUCAUCGUCGACUCCACCAGACGGCGAAGCUCAUCAUUGGUUCUGCCGAGGAUGGUCCGUGGCAGAGUGCGCCACCAUCAGAUUCCAGUGUUUGCGAAUGUCGUUGGAACAGUUUCGAGCUGGCGUGAGGACGGAGUCGCUUCAGUGAUACGGCUCGUGUAGCGCAGUCGGACCUUGUCAUAAUGAAAUAGCAUUUGGAGCAGGAGCUACCUUGUGGAAAUCUAUGGGCUUUCAGCUGAAAAAAUAGAGCCAUGUUUCUCUCGGCGCAAAACAAAAAACAGCUGUGCACCGUCUUGAGCAAAUGCUCUCCCAAACAUAGCGUUACACCUUUACUGUGCAACAGUUUUAUAAAUAUGUGAUGUUUGGUUUGAAGGCUAGAAGCGAUUCGCAACUAGAAAUGGGCAGUAGACUCCAUCUAUGUCCUAGUUCUUGGACUCCUCCUGCCACACUCCACUUGCUUUAAAUAUGAUAAUGUUAGUUCUGAAACUUCCUCACCUUAUCCAAACUGCUAGUGCAGAGUUUGAACAUUGAACUUUGUAUAGUUCAUUUUUUGAGCAUGCAGAGUUCAUUUUUUUAGCAUGAAAAACAUGAGAUCCGUUUCUCAGCAGUCCUCUAUAUUCUUUGUUAGAGUAUGUCGGACAAAAAGUCUAGAAAAUAAUAUGCAAUCAACCCCAUUGUCAAAAUGCGUAAUCCCAAGAGCGAUAUAUUAACGUAACUAAAGCAAGGGUGCAGGUGAGCUGGUUCAAUACUGACAUGGACCCUGGAGCUGGGGAAAAGAAGGGACGUAGGACAGACGGGAAACAUGCUUAGCUAAUUUUCAAAACUCAUUGUUUUUAACCACUCUGUGUGAGCAUAAGAGAGCAGUUACAAACAAGAAUGAGUUUUCAGAAUUAGCUAAGCAUGUUUUCCGUUGUAUUGAUUGUAGCAUUCACUGGGAGGAGACAAAAGUCCUGGAUAGGGAGCAAGACUGUUAUAAACGUCUGAUAAAGGAGUCCUUGAGAAUAAUUAGUAAUGAUGGUUGUUUUAGCAAUGUGUCUGUUGCUUUGAGUGAUCCGCUUCAAAUGUUUCUAAACUCUUAAUUUUUUUCUUUUUUGCCUGCUUACGUGUGUUCAAACGCUCCUGUCUUUUUUUUUAACUGGUUGUUAAAGCGUUCUGUUUUCGCUUGUUUUCUCUUUCGAUGGUUCUUUGUUAGAAGUAUGCUUAUUGAUAUCAUGUGUCCUCGUUCUGAGGUUCUUCGUAGUCAAACCUUUUGUGUAUGUGUCGCGUGGUCUUUCUGGAGGUGUGGCUGGUUAUCUCCUGCACCCUCCCUCCGAUGGUUCUUUGUUAGGAGGUUCUUGCUGAUAUCAUGUGUCCUCUUUCUGCGGUUCUUUGUUUUCGAACCUUUUGUAUCUGCUUCGCUUGGCCGUACAUAGGUUCUUUGUUGUCAAACCUUUUAUGUCUGUGUCGCUUGGUCGUAAAUCUAUUUAAGGACGUGACGGUGAAAUGAAAUUUUAGCUGUGUUUGGAGUUUUGUGUCUGUCCUACGUCCCUUCUUUUUUCCGGCUCCAGGGUUACCAUGUCAGCGAUAUAUAUUGCAAUUAUGAGUGCACAUCAAUCUUUGUUUUAAAAUGUAAAGCAAGGGUUCUUUGAAGUUCUGGAUACCGAGGAACCCCUCUCCCCUCUGGGCAUUGUCGCAGUAAAGCGGAAAAACAUGCUUAAAUUGAUGUGGGAGUGAUCGAGAACAUUAGGUGUUUGAAAAAAGUGAAUUUGAGAAGCCAUGCCUUAAAGGGGCCCUCCGGAGCUUUUUGCGAUCGUCGGUCUAUGUUGUUAUAUUGCGUAGUAGAUGCAUGUUAAUAUGUAUACAAAGUUAUAGAUUACAAAACCGUUUAUUAAGCAGAUGGCAGUAGAAAUAUAUCGGGACUAUUUUCUCUUGGAAGACAAUCCCCCAUUCCCUGCCCAUCGCUAAAACUUGACCAAUGGAAAUUCUGCAUCUCGCGGUUAAUGCGAACGUUAUUAUUGCAACAUUUUUUAAGCUUGUGGUAAAUUAGAGUUUGAGAAAAACGUAAACUGAUUGUGGUGCGGGAAACAUAGUCCGCAAUUAUCGCUCCAAAACCAGCGAACUAUGUUUUCUCCCCGCAAGCUUGUUGCUAGAGGGUGAUGCAUCGGCGCGUCAGCUCGUCUGCUUCCCGGGGCGUCUGCAGGCGUGCGUUUGCGGGACACGUGUUCCUUCUUCCCAUGGAUCCCGACUCCAAAGCCAGCUUUGCGAUCCUUCCACGUCAACGAGUCAAACUUUUCCUUGUCAUCUGUGGAAUGUGACUGCGUAUUGCAGUAGCAGCGCGACGGUGCGGUGCGACGAACGACGACUGCCGAGCACAAAGUCCGGCAGCCUCAACUUUAGCCUCAACUUUAGGAAGCCUCAACUUUAGGAAGACUUUAAUAUGUUGCCGUCUUCACAUCCUUGUAACCAACAUGAGGCGGGGAAAGAAGAGUAAGCUUCUGGCUGACCACUGAAGGAUCAGAAAAGAGAAAGGACCUUUAUGUUCUCCCCCAUUCGAGUCAGAUAGCAAUUUUUCAUGGGUCACACUGACCAAGCUGCUUUCAAAGCCAGGUUUAAGGGGGUACAGGGUUGAGGCUUUGGUCUGGAGUCAUGCUGGAACAGUCUAGCAUUUGUCGCUCAGCUUCUCUAGUUCUACAAACAUUGUGUGCUUCCUCGAAUUUGACCUAUACUACCAUUUUUUACCAAUCUUUUUGCCUUUUGGGUUACAGAACUUUUGGAACCCAUUCUUAAACCCUCAUUUGCGAGUCUAGCAAAAGUCAUGACCUGUUCAGUUUUGAACAUGUUUUAUGGCCAUAAUGUUCCUUGUUUUUUGUGCAGAGUAUGUUAAUGUCCUUAAAUAAGGUUUUUUGUGUUUUGUCUCGGCACUCCUGUUAUGGCUUUGGGGGCUGAAAAUCGUUUUCUCACUGACUCAAACAUUUCCUACAUGUCCUUCACACCUCCAGCUAAAGCAAACCUCCUUCGCACUAUCCCUCUUUAUCACUUCUCGGCCUGUUUCUUCCUUUUCCAUCGAAUUUGUCAUUAUCUUUCCGCAGAUGUGUGAUGCCUGGCUUUAAGGUUUAAUUUUUUUUUCAUUUACCCCUCGAUCUCCCCAUGUAGAAAUGCCUACGCGCGGUUGCAAGUAUGGUCCUUCGGCACCACUGCUUCGAGGCCAAUGGGGGUUUGUUGCUUAAAUGUUGCGAAGCUGGGCAAGCUGGUGUUUAGCAUCCAAGUUGUAUGGUGUGCCUUUCUUCUGAAUCGGGUUUGAAGCCAUGCGCUUGCAAGCAUGUCCACGAUUACUUAAUUUUUUAGAACUUGAUGCCGGCUGCUGUAUUCGUAAAUUCUUUAGAAAGAAAGGAUUAUAUAGUCUCCUGGUGCUCCCCUAUAUGCUGUUUGCUUCAUACUGAGUGUCUGGGCCCUAGAAUGUUGGAGAUGGCCUCCAGCCUUCUGCAGAAUUCCGGUUUCUAAAUUGAAGAAGGGUGUCUGGCUCACUCCAAGUAAGGAACUGAUCGAUUUAAGACAACCUGGGGGACCUUUGACGUGGAACUGAGAUCUCGGCUAUACAGUUCCGUUUCUGCAACAAGCCUUCAUUAGAAUGGUUGGCUAGGUUAGUUGCCGGCUUUCCACUCUUUGAUCUUUUUGGUUGUGGGCAGUAUGGACUUGUUUUUUGUUAUUGCCAAUAUUGGCUCUCGUUUUGGUUGUGCAAUGUCAUUACACAAAUGCAAUUCGAAAUUCAAAUCUAGUAAUAACUGCAAUUGCUUUAUUAUAUACAGCAGUUCGCUUUGUCAGUGUUCAUUAUAACAAGGUCCGACUACGAGAUGCCAUCGUGCCCAUGUACAAAGUUCUCAAGAUGAACGAAAAAUGUCUUGCUUGAAAAAGAUACAAGUGCACUUUUUUUUUUAUGACUUCGUUGGCAGGCGUUGUAUUUGCACAGACUUGUAUCGUCUUUAAGUGGGACCAAUGACAAUCUUGCAGUGCUGGUGGAAGUAGCUGCCAGCUGAAAAUUCUUGUUUGUCUCAACACUCCACAUUGGAGAGCAGGUUGUUCGUGUAAGUUUGCAUGUUCGCUAGAAUAUAUAAGGCGCGUUUUUAGCUACCGUGAUUGCUAACUUUUUGAAAAUGUAUUAUUCAGUAGAGGUUCUGUCGACUUGGAGCGUUUACUUUUCAAGUUGUGCUUUAGGGGUAUGAUGUUGUGGCUACUACUAUUUUGCUUGUUCACGGGUCUCAGCUUCUCAUACAAAGCAGUUGCCCCUAGUCAUGUUGGUUUCUCAUGGGAUUACUUUUUCACUUGCUACAGCUUGUCUGAAGUUUUAUCAGUGCUUUAUAUUAAAAUAUGCUAGACCCUGUUUACUCUGUAUUAUAUGCUUAAAGCUUUAAGUUGAGCAGUGUUUUAACCCUCUUCAUUAGCAUGUGUAAAAAGAAAAAUGAGUAUCCUUUUUGUUUCAGAUUUUUACAACUACUAUUAGGUCUGCGUUUUUCUUUUACUGUAUUAUAUCUUACUUCUAAGGCAUUCAUUGUGACUGUCAGGUUGAUUGUUGCAACAUUCCACUGUUUGAAUAUGCAAAAAUGCAGAAUAUUGCAUACUUGUUCAAUUGCAUCUGCAGUUAUUCACAAAUGCAGGUUGUUAAUAAAAGGUGGAUAUAUUUUUA